CACUUUGCCACUUACAAAAAAAAUAAGGGAGUUAAUAAUUAUUGUGGGACGGAGGCUAGAAAUAAUUAUAAUAUUGUAUCAAUGUGUUUUCAAUAGUUGUACAUCCUCUAUAAAACACAACAUUUUUUCCCAUUUUGAUUCCAUGGGUUGCCCGUGAACUAAAUUUAAAACAUUUAUACACAUUGCGGUAGCUCUGAUUAAAUUGCCAAAUGUUUCAUGUGAAACUCCACCGUCGUACGUCAGCCCCUUAUAUUUUCAUUACCAACCAAUUUUCCAUUUUCAUGCAAUUCAUUUCAUAGCUAGCUUAAUUAAUCACUUCAUUACCCAAAAAAUAAAAAGAAAAGCAAAUUCUUCUAUUGUAGAAAGAAAGAUUACGUAAUAAAUGGAUGCAUUGUGGAAAUUAGAGGAUAAAUUGAAGAUAUCAACACAAAAAGCAGUAGUACUACUUAUUUGUACGUCAAUUUUAGUCAUACUUGUUUGCUUAACCAUAAUUUUUGUAGUCCUUAAGAAGAAGGCCGCUCAAAGGAACAAGAUCGCGUGCCACGAUGAAUUUGAUGAAGAGACCGAGUCUAUGAUAGUGUACGAAAGAUCUCAUUCCAAGUGUGGAUUGAUGGAAGUAAGGAAGGCAUUGUUGGGGUCGGCGUGUUGGAGCUUGGCACACAAGUGGAACGACGAGAGUGUUGUGCUAGGGAAACAAAGGAUGAACGUUGUGUCGAGUUGUUUGAAGUGUUUAGGUUGUGUAGGCCGGUCGAAGAUGCCCGUUUGGCAAAGGCCAAUUCUAAUGGGUGAGAGGUGUGAACUUCCUAGAUUUAGUGGUUUGAUUUUGUAUGAUGAAAGGGGUAGGCCAAUUACUCACCACUAUGAUCAUCAUCACCAUCAGUAUUACCAACAGGUGAGCAACACAAUAUAUAACCUCCUCCAAUUUGUUUCAUCUUGCUUAUUGUCUUAG